GGUUACCUUCUGAUUUUAAAUUGAUUUUAUAUUGAGUCGUAUUGUUAAUUAUUUAAAUUACUUAAAAUGACUUGAACAUACACUUCAGCCAUGUUUAUUUUUAAACAUGGCUGAAGUUUAAAAAUAAACAAACCCCAAACCCCCCUCUCUUUAAGAUGAAUUUGCCACUCAAAAUAUGGCCGACGGGCUAACGCGUCGAGGCGACCGUUUAAAAUCUACGGCGGACGUUGUAAGUGUUGCACUGCGUUCCCGGUAGAGGGCGCUGUGGCCAACAGCCAGACAACAGUCAUACAACAGCUGGCGGUUAGCAGGCGCCUAGGAGCGGGACCCUUGAAACUGUAAACACUUUACCGUCUGUUGUUGGCAGCCAUUCGAGAGGAUUUAAGCUGUUUAUCGUGCUUAGUCAGACAGAAGUCAAAAGCUCACUUGCUUUAAAAGCGUUCAGUAAUAACAGUUCAGUGCCUGGAUUUGGUUCGUUGCCUCAAACUAACGAAUUAUUAUUGCGAUGUAACUGAACUCCUUACAAUGCUCUCCAUAGUAUGGACUCUGGUUGCUUAAGAAGCAAAGAAAAGCAGCAGUAAAGCGGACAAAAUGCCUCCCAAGAGGCAGCAGCCGAAGCCGACCGGAGCCAACGUCUCCAGCUCGUUGGACCUGGAGUCGGAGGACAUCAGCCUGGAGACCACCGUGCCGACCACCGAGGACGUGUCUUCGUCCGAUGAGCAACGCAACGGCUCCCAGAAGGUGACCCGGCAGCUGAUCGAGAGGAAGGAGCUGCUGCACACCGUGCAGCUGCUGAAAAUAGAGCUUUCUCAGAAGACCCUCACCAUAGACAACAUGAAGGCUGACCACAUGUCUAAGGUCGAGGAACUGGAGGAGAGACUGAACGACGCGCUGCACCAGAAGCAGGUGCUGGCCCUCAAGCUGGACAGCCAGCUGAAGCUGGCGCAAGAGGAGAACAGGAAACAGCAGGCGCUGCGCAAGCAGGAGAUGGAGACCAUCCUGCUCCGGCAGCAGCAGCUGGAGGAGACGAACCGGCAGCUGUGUGACAAGGCAGGGGAGCUGCGGCGCUCUCUCCGGGACCUGGACAUCCCCCAGGACCGCUACGAGGAGCUGCGCGGCGUGCCCGACGACAAAGUCAGCAUCCAGGAAUACGUGGCCAUGCGCUUCUACGAGGCCGUAACGCCGCUCCGCGCUCAGCUGACUCAGCUCGGCGAGCAGAAGAGCUUUCUGACCGAGGAGCUGGACGCGCACAGAGGCAAGAUGAAGCUGCUGACGGAGAGCUACGAGGAGGAGAGGCGGCGGCGCGCCGAGCUGGAGCUGAGGAGCCAGAGGCUGACGCUGGAGCUGGCCGACACCCGGCAGCACAUCCAAGAGGGCGACUAUCGCCGUGACAACUACCCACACAUCAAGAGGGAGCGCGACGACCUGGAAACGGAGCUGAAGGAGUUGAGGAGGAGGUUUGAGACGGUGGACUUGUCUCACGCAGCGGUGACCAGAGAAAGGGACACGCUCAGCAACGAGGUGGCGACGUUGCAGCAGUCAGUGACUCUCCUGCAGAAGGACAAGGAGUACCUGCACAGACACAACAUGGAGCUGGGCGUCCGCUGUGCACAUCAAGAAGAUCGCAUAGAUAGACUACAGGUCCAACUGGAAGAUGCGAAGAAGGCCAGAGAGAAUACCUAUGAAAAAUAUGUAGCGUCCAGGGACUACUAUAAGUCAGAGUACGAGAACAAGCUCAGAGAAGAGUUGGAGAACAUUCGGCUGAAAACCAGCCAGGAGAUAGAGAACCUGCAGAGAACCUCCAGAGAGAUGUAUGAGAGGGAGAACAGGAAUUUGCGUGAGGCCAGAGACAACGCCGUUCUGGAGAGAGACAGAGCUGUCGUCGCCGAAAGAGACACCCAGUCAAGAUACGACCAACUGCUGGAACAGUUUCGUCAGCUCCAGCUGGGCGCCGGCAGCCGGGCGGCGGAGCUGUCCAGCCAGGCCAAGCUGCACUCCUUCGAAGCCGAGCGAGCUCUCCUGCUCAAGGAAGAGACGGCGAAGGCGCUGGCUCAGUGCCAGGUGGAGUGCGAGAAACAGCAGAAGAAGCUGGAGCUGCUCACUCAGGAGUUUUACCGGCUCCAGACGUCCUGUGAGAAGCGGGUGGCGGAGCUUCAAGCCCAGAACGCAGAGCAGGAGUCCCGACUGGAGACGUAUGAAAAGCUCGAGCAGGAGCUGGACCAGGUCACCAUGCAGGCGGCUGAAAUUGAGAACGAGGAGGAGGCCGAGAGGGUUCUCUUCUCAUAUGGAUACGGUGCAAAUGUUCCCACAACGGCCAAAAGAAGGCUGAAGCAAAGCGUUCAUCUGGCCCGCAGGGUUCUGCAGCUCGAGAGGCAGAACACGUCGCUGAGGAGGGAGCUGGACAGACAGCAGUCGCAGACGGGACAGCUGUCUCAGGAGCUGUCGGCAGCCAACCAGCUGUUGCAGCAGACUCAGCAGCCUUACGGCCUUUUGAUCGAGACGGUGCGAGAAAGGGACGCCCAGCUCGGCGCGCUGAAGGGACACGUCUCCUCUCUUGAGGAAGAAGUCAGUUCUUUGAGGAAGGAGCGAAACGCUCUGCAGCAGGUGAAGAACGACAUGGCAGCUGACCUGGAGCGACUCCUCAACAAUAGAGAGGAGUUGGCGGUGAUUAAGCAGACGCUGAUCAGCCUGCGGUCCAGACAGGGAGAGGGCCCAGACCUGUUUGGAACCGGUAACGGUGCCACGAGGAGCUCUGGGACAGCACAGCAGCCGUCCAAACGUGCCGGCGGGACUGGCGAGGAAGAGCCAUCGAACAAGCCCAAACCUACUGUUUUUACCAAAAAAGAAGUUCCUGAUUGGUACCGAAGGCCAAAGCAGAAACCCAAAUGAGAAGUUGCCUGCGAAACGUUUCUCACUCAGGAUUUAGGCCGCUGGAAAUUUUAUUACAGUGGAUUCAUGUUUUUUUUUUCCUGUGUAAAUGGUGCUAAUGUUCAAAUAUAAAAGA